AUGUCUUGCCGCUCCUACAGAGUCAGCUCUGGUCGCUGUGUGGGCAACUUUAGCUCCUGCUCAGCAGUGACCCCUCAGAACCUGAACCGCUUCCGGACCAGCUCUGUCUCUUGCAGGAGUGGGCCCAGCUUCCGGGGUCUUAGCAGCUUCGGCAGUCGGAGCGUCAUCAACUUUGGAUCGUGCUUACCCCGGAUAGCAGCUGUGUGCCCUCGGCCCUCCUGCUAUGGAGUUGGCUUCAGUGAUGGAAGUGGUGCUGGUCUGGGGUUUGGGGCCGGCAGUUGUGUUGGCCUGGGGUUUGGAGCCAGAAGUGGUCUCGGCUAUGGCUUCUGCAGUCCUGGCUUUGGCUACCGAGUUGGAGGAGUUGGAGGGCCAGCAGCCCCAUCCAUCACAGCAGUGACUGUUAACCAGAGCCUGCUGACCCCGCUCAACCUGGAGAUUGACCCCAAUGCCCAGAGAGUGAAGAGGGAUGAGAAGGAGCAAAUCAAGACCCUCAACAACAAAUUUGCCUCCUUCAUCGACAAGGUGCGGUUCCUGGAACAGCAGAAUAAGCUCCUAGAGACAAAGUGGAACUUCCUCCAAGAGCAGAAAUGUACCAAGAGCAACCUGGAGCCCCUCUUUGAGAGCUACAUCACCAACCUACGCAGGCAGCUGGAUGUAGUGAACAGUGACCGGGCCCGGUUGGAGGCUGAGAGGAACCACAUGCAGGAUGUCCUUGAGGGUUUCAGGAAGAAGUAUGAAGAGGAAGUGGUACUUCGGGCCAAUGCUGAGAAUGAGUUCGUGGCUCUGAAGAAGGAUGUGGAUACAGCGUUCUUAAGCAAGGCUGAUCUAGAGGCCAAUGUGGAUACCCUAAUUCAGGAAAUUGACUUCCUGAAAACCCUGUACACAGCGGAAAUCCAGUUACUACAGUCACACAUCUCAGAGACAUCAGUCAUUGUGAAGAUGGACAACAGCCGGGACCUGAACGUUGACGGGAUCAUCGCCGAUAUCAAAGCCCAGUAUGAAGAGAUUGCCAGACGCAGUCGGGCUGAUGCGGAGGCCUGGUACCAGACCAAGUAUGAGGAGAUGCGAGUGACAGCUGGUCAGCACUGUGACAACCUGCGCAGCACUCGGGAUGAGAUCAAUGAGCUGAACCGGCUGAUCCAGAGGCUGAAGGCAGAGAUCGAGCAUGCCAAGGCUCAGCGCUGCAAGCUGGAGGCCGCUGUAGCCGAGGCUGAGCAGCAGGGAGAAGCUGCCCUUAAUGAUGCCAAAUGCAAGCUGGCAGAGCUGGAGGGUGCUCUGCAGCAAGCCAAGCAGGAUAUGGCGCGGCAGCUGAAGGAGUACCAGGAGCUCAUGAACGUCAAGCUGGCCCUGGACAUCGAGAUCGCCACCUACAGGCGCCUGCUGGAAGGCGAGGAGAUCCGGAUCUGUGAAGGUGUUGGACCAGUAGACAUAGCCGUGAGUAGCUCCCGGGGCGGCCUGGUGUGCGGGCCCGAGUCCCUGUUCAACAGCUCCAGCCUCUGCCGUGGCGGGGUCACCAUCUCCGGAAGCAGCAGCAGCAGCAACAUCCGGUCCAGCGGCUUCUGCAGCUCCAGCGUGGGCGGGGCCCGGGUCGUGGGCGGCGGGGACCUGCUGGGCGCCGGCUCCCGAGGGGGCUCGGUGCUGGUGAGCGAAGCCUGCGUUCCCAGCGUUCCCUGCCCGCUGCCCACCGAGGGCGGCUUCAGCAGCUGCAGCGGCGGCCGCAGCAGCCGCAGUUCCACUGUCCGCUUCGUGUCCACCACCACCUCCCACCGGACCAAGUACUGA